AAAUAGAUUCGACAGAUCCGCCCGAUGAAGGCGUCCGAUGGCCUGCCGCUGUACCUCGUCGUGGCCAGCGGCUGCCUCUUGGUGCUUCUUGUCCUCUGGAAGCUCGCGAGCCGGCGCGGCCGGCGCCAGUACCAUGCCCCGCUCGGCGUCGCCAAUGGCACGUUCGCCGACAACAUCCAUCGCCGCAAGCACGACCUGCAUCGGUACAUCGAGACGCUCCAGAAGAAGCUGCAGGUGCGCCAGGCGCAGCUCAAGAUGCACGACCACGUCGAAGAGCUCUUGACGGCCCGCGCCGCCAUGGAGGCGCAGAGCUAUCCGUCGAUGGUCAACGACGACGACAACGACGACGAUCCGACGUGGGCUGCGAUUCUUGCUCGCGGGCGCGAGCUCUAUGGCGAUGCGUGGGACCAUGGCAAGGACGGGGCACCGCCUCUCAAGGAGCAAAUGCAACUGCACAAGACGGAGCUGCUCGCGUCGGCGACACCGCGCAAGGAUCCCGACACUAAGCUCAAGAAGACGAUUGCUCGUCAGAACCAAGCCGCCUUGCUCGUCCAGCAGCAGCGAACCGCGCGAGACGACGCGCGUCGGCACCCCAUGGCGGUCCUUCCGGUCGCGCAGAGCCAAUGGAAGUCCCAGCGAAAGCGUGGCGGACGAUCGAUCGAGCCCGAGGCGGCGGCUCGCAAGCCGAAAGCGGGCGGCACCGGCUGGAGUCGUAGCAACGUCAACGCUCCUCCUCCGACGGCGCCAACGCUCGGCGUGCCCAAGCUGAACUUGGCGGUGCUUCGGGAGCACUCAUAGUAGCACGUCAAUACAAGAUAGUACACUGCUUAGGUGGAGGC